AGUUGCUUUUUCUUUCCCUGCUCCUACUUGUAGUCUGUAUUCAUCAAUACAAAAUCUCUGAGACCUUUUUUCCUGUUUUUACGGUCACUUUCGCCGCCUUUGUGAAUCGUCUCUGUGACUAUAAAUAUUAAAUCAACUGCAUUUAAGUGCCCUUUUGAAUUAUUAGUUGAGAUAUUUGUUGUUGCAAUUAUUAUUGUGCUGCAUUAAUUUCUCCUUCUCUGUUCUGUCAAUUCUUGAAGUGGAGCAAUCUUCGAAACUUGUUUUUUUAUCUCUCUCUUCUCUGCUUCUCAGUGUAAAUUGAGUUGUAAUAGAGCUCUCUUUUGUUUUCACUUUGAGGAAACAAAACAUAAAGAAUAGCUCAAAGGAGAAGUUUUUUUGGCUUCUUUUACAAGACAUCUGGUUUCAAGAAAGAGACAUCUCAAAACAAGAUCUGAUUAUUUGCAAAUUAAAAUGUAUCCACACAAGCAAGGAGAGGAAGCUAUUGUGUCAAAUUUCAAUGAAACUGAUCAUGAUGGGGAAGUUGAGAAAUCAGAAGAAGAUCAGUCCAUUUUCAAUGUCAAAAGUCUCUUCUGGCAUGGUGGUUCUGUUUGGGAUGCUUGGUUCAGUUGUGCAUCUAAUCAAGUUGCUCAAGUGCUGUUGACACUACCAUAUUCAUUUUCGCAACUUGGUAUGGUAUCAGGGAUAGUGCUUCAAGUGUUUUAUGGUCUUGUUGGAAGUUGGACUGCAUACCUCAUCAGUGUUCUCUACAUAGAGUAUAGAAGUAGAAAAGAGAAAGAAGGUGUUAGCUUCAAGAAUCAUGUCAUUCAGUGGUUCGAAGUACUUGAUGGACUACUGGGUCCUUACUGGAAAGCACUGGGGCUUGCCUUCAACUGUACUUUUCUUCUGUUUGGAUCUGUCAUACAACUUAUUGGUUGCGCAAGUAACAUAUAUUACGUCAAUGAUCAUUUAGACAAGAGGACAUGGACAUAUAUAUUUGGAGCGUGUUGUGCUACCACUGUUUUUAUUCCUUCUUUCCAUAACUACCGGAUUUGGUCUUUUCUUGGCCUUGGGAUGACCACUUACACAGCAUGGUACUUAACUGUUGCUGCUAUUGUUCAUGGUCAGGUUGAAAAUGUGCAACACUCAGCUCCAGCAAAGCUUGUGCUGUAUUUCACUGGUGCCACCAAUAUUCUUUACACCUUUGGUGGACAUGCUGUUACUGUGGAAAUCAUGCAUGCAAUGUGGAAACCCCAGAAGUUCAAGUACAUUUACUUAAUAGCCACACUCUACGUUUUCACCCUAACCAUUCCAUCAGCUGCAGCAGUCUACUGGGCAUUCGGAGACCAACUUUUAAACCAUAGUAACGCUUUUUCGCUUCUUCCUAAAGACGGAUGGCGCGAUGUUGCAGUUAUAUUGAUGUUGAUUCACCAGUUUAUUACGUUCGGAUUUGCUUGUACGCCGUUGUACUUUGUGUGGGAGAAGGUGAUAGGGAUGCAUGACACUAAGAGCAUAUGCUUAAGGGCACUUGUUAGGUUGCCUGUGGUGAUACCAAUAUGGUUCUUGGCUAUUAUUUUUCCAUUCUUUGGGCCAAUUAACUCUGCUGUUGGUGCUCUUUUGGUUAGCUUCACUGUCUACAUCAUCCCAGCUCUUGCUCAUAUGCUCACUUAUAGAAAGGCCUCUGCUCGACAGAAUGCAGCAGAGAAGCCACCAUCCUUCAUGCCAAGCUGGACUGUCAUGUAUGCCAUUAACAUAUUUAUAGUGGGCUGGGUUUUGGUUGUUGGGUUUGGGUUUGGUGGAUGGGCCAGCAUGAGCAAUUUCAUCAAACAGGUUGAUACAUUUGGCCUUUUUGCAAAAUGUUACCAGUGCAAACCAGCAGUACCUCCGCCAACUCUGCCACCACAUUCGUCGCCUCGGGCCGUGCACCACUAGACGUCGGAGAAGUCAAUGGUCAAUAUGUUCGACGAAUAUUUUUGUAUGUAACCCCACAUGUGCUGUGUGCUAAAUUUUCUUUUUCUUUUGCUAGUGUUUUGAUUUUGUUCCUUACGAUAUGAGAUAUGUGUCCAAUUGCUGGUUAAUUUACUAUCAAAGGAUAGGCUAAUUAAAUCAAGAUAUGUUAGUUUCACUCC